UAGAGCAAGCAAGAGUGAGUUAAACAGAGAGAGGGAGAGAGAGAGAGCACACAAGAAAGCACGAGACAGCAAGAGACAGAAAAGGAGUAGAGGAGAGAGAGACGAGACGGAGAGGCGGAGAGGAGAGGAGAGAGGGAGAUGAGAGGGGAUGAGGAGGGAUAAAGAGGUGAACAGGGAUAAAGGACGAGCAGGAAGAGGGGAGCGCGGAGGGAGGACGAGAACAGAGGGGUAGAGAGGAGAACGAGAGCACACAGGAGGGUAGAGCUCUGGACAUAGCACACACAUGUCAUGUAGGACGGUAACAAGGGAACGGACUGUGUCAUACUGCAUUAGCCUCAAACACACACACACAUACACCCACACCAACCAACAUACACACACACACACACACACACACACACACACACACACACACACACACACACACACACACACACACGCACACACACACACACACACACACACACACACAAGGCAACGAGAAACACACUGUGGAAUCACUACAGGAAGCCCAAAUACGGAUGUAACGGCGGCCUCCCAGGAGAUGGCGAUGCUGAGCAAUAUGUUGGCCGCUUACACAUUCGUUGCAGGUCAUCCAGAGAGGGCUGGGUUGGUGUUCCUGGCUGGUGUCUGUGUUGGCCUCUUGGUCACCCUUUGCGCCAUUGUGUUCCAAAUACACUGUCGAACUGACUGUCACUAUGGUAACAGCCACCGCCCUCAACAUCCUCACCGUAGCAACAAGGCUCGGCCUCAGCAUCCGCCGCAGCAUCAGCUCCAGCAUCAGCACCAGCGUCAGCUUCAUGACUGUCCGAGGAACAGUAACCCAGACAACAUGACUCUCAUACCGGCGGGCGGGCAUGUCCCCAGUGGGGACAACCAAUCAGAGGACUGGGAGGACCCCGCAGACAUGUCGGCAAGGCAACGGAGACGCUUUGAGAGAGCCCUUUUGAGCACCAGGGUUUUUACUUCGGCAGAUGAUCUGGACAGAUCCCAACGCCUGGAGGAGAGAGAGAGGAUCCUGCGGGAGAUCUGGAUGAAUGGACAGCCAGACAUCCGCACCGUAACCCAGAGCCUCAACAGAUACUACUGACCCGACCCCACUGUCUGACACACUCCGCACACCCUCUGCAACGGCCUGCUCCAAUAGACUAUGUGUCAAGAAAAGGAAAACAGAGGAAAACGAAAAGAAAUGCAAUGGAAUUAAAGGGAAGGGGAGGGACGGGCGUUGUCUCAUUAUUUCACGGUGCUUUGGUUGGGCUUUAAGUCAGUUGGAAUUGUGUUUCAACUUGUGUUGUCAAUAGAAUAUCCCUACAAAGUACUCAUGUUUACCGAUGACUUUACAGUUGUGGUAGUCCCAAAAACAAUACAUUACACAGAACUAAGGAAAGUAGCCCACGACCACAGAACCGAUCCUUCAAUGGACAAUGUUAAACCAAGGACAUAUUAACUGUACAACUUAUUUUCUAUCUCCAGGCUUUGUCAGAAGCCUCUGUUGUUUAUAACAUUGAGUGCAAUUGUUGAUUAUAAUAAAUACAUGUGAGGUUUUUUUUAAGAGAA